UUUAUCUUCAUCAGCACGGCACCACGCACAAACAGGGCAUCAGAUCGACAGUCUGGCUUCCCGGCACCUUUCACCCGUCGUGUCGAAAACACAUGUAGAGGGCAACACUGCAGACACGAAGACACAGGCGAAGGCACCGCUGGCGAAUGAGCAGAAGUCGCCAAAGAGCAAUCAAAACAGGAAGGAGUUGACCGGAAAACUAAAGAUGGGCAUUAGUU